GACAGGUAUGAGAGAGGUUGGAUUGGACUAGUGAAAGAAGGAUUUGUAAAGCUGAGGACAUGUGUUUUGGAAGGUGUGCUAGAUGUAUUGGUUAUAAGUUGCUCAUCCUUGCCUUGCUCAGCAUCGUGGCCAACAUCUUACUUUAUUUUCCCAAUGGCGAAACAAGAUUUGCUUCAGAGCAUCAUCUCGGCAAAUACGUGGAGUGCCUUCAUGGCAUUCUAGGUGGUGGCUUUUUGGUACUCAUUCCAGCUGCAGUAUUCAUUCGGCUUCACAAUGAUGACUGCUGUGGGUGCUUUGGCCGUGAGGACUGUGGGAAAAGCUGUGCGAUGCUGUCCUCAGUUCUGGCAGCCUUUGUUGGGAUCUUUGGUUCUGGAUACUGUAUAAUCAUUUCAGCACUGGGCUUGUCUCAUGGACCAUAUUGUUUUACUCACCUAGAAAGAAACUGGAUCUAUCCUUUCACUGAAUCCUCUGGAGGGUACUUGUUUGAGUACAACAAAUGGUCUGAAUGUCAAGAACCUCAAAACAUCGUGCAGUGGAACGUCACCCUCUUUUCCAUCCUCCUUGCCUUGGGAGGAAUAGAGUUCAUUCUGUGCUUCAUACAGAUCAUCAAUGGCAUUCUUGGAGGACUUCGUGGGUUGUGCUGCAGUCAUGAGGAGACUUACGUUUGCUAG